AGCAUGGUUCCAUUUUUAUCACUUGUCAUUAUUCCCGCCACUUUUGCGCUUACAUACUUGUAAGAACGUGACAGGCAUGAUGACAAAUGAAAAAGAGCCGACCAUCUUAGCCCUACAGGCAGUAUUACGCAUAAAAGAUACGCUACCUGACUUUUAUUACCCGACUCGCCACUUGGUGUUGCGACAAGUAUGAUGACACCUGACACUAUAGGAUUGUAGCGAUAAAAAAUAGUAACCCCACUUUACGUUUACGGGUUAAAAAUGCUUAAGGUUAAGUUUUAUUUGAAAUUGAGAAUGGGGACGAAAGUUCGAUUUUAUGGCAGCGGCUAGUAUAUUCUUGUGAUCCUUAAGUGUAUUUUAUCAUUAUGUGUUUACGUAUUUUUGUUCAUUUAAUGAUGAUAAACUGGGGAUUCAGAAUUUUUCAAUUUGUGUAAUAAAUAAUGCCGGGGACUUAAGUCAAUUUGUGUAAUAAUGUCCUAAUAUACUUAAAUCUAUCGAUGUAAGAGUUUCAAUACCUAUUUAUCUCGUUCGCUUUGGAAUGAUAAGAUAAAACGAGAAGUAAUAAAGUAUUGUGUUCAAUCGAGAAGUGCACUCGCUCAGUUGCCUCUGGAGCGUCAAGAGUUCCGCGCGCUCCCGCACCCCGUAACAUGCGUCUCUCGCUACUGGUGCUGCCGCUGGCGCUGCUGCUGCCGGCGCGCGCCGACCGCUACCACCCGGAGCGCGCCGCGCGCCCCGCCGCCGCCGGGAGCUCGCGCGCCGCCACGCCGGACGCGGCCGAACGUGGCGCGGCCUACUGGUACUCGGAGGCGUUCGCCGCCAUCGACGAGCGGCUGACGGAACCCACUUAUGACGACGUGGCGAAAAAUGUGAUCAUGUUCCUGGGCGACGGGCUGUCGGUGCCUACGCUGGCGCCGGCGCGCACGCUGCGCGGCCAGCGCGCCGGUCGGACCGGCGAGGAGGAGCGACUUGCUUACGAGCAUUUUCCUAUAACCGGGCUUGCUAAGACGUACUGCGUGGACAAGCAGAUCCCGGACUCGGCGUGCACGGCCACGGCGUACCUGUGUGGCGUGAAGAACAACUACGGCACGCUGGGAGUGACGGCGGCCGUGCCGCGCUACGACUGCGCCGCCUCCGCCGACACCGCCACGCACGUCGACUCCAUCGCCGCCUGGGCGCUCGCUGACGGACGCAGCGCCGGCAUCGUGACAUCAACGCGCAUCACGCACGCGUCUCCCGCCGGCGCAUACGCCAACAUUGCAAACCGCGACUGGGAGAACGACGGCGAGGUCCGCGCCGCCGGGCACGACCCUGCGCAGUGCCCCGACAUCGCCGACCAGCUCAUCAACUCUCAUCCCGGCAACAAGUUCCAGGUGAUUUUGGGCGGUGGGCGUCGCGAAUUCCGACCAAACACUACAAACGAUGAGGAAGGCCAACCGGGCCGGCGCUGGGACGGACGCGAUUUGGUUGAGGAAUGGCGCGCGCAGCGUGAAGAGGCUGGGCAAUCGAACGCUUAUGUCUGGAACCGCACCGAGCUACUCGAUGCCAUAAACAACCCGCCCGACUACCUGCUGGGAUUGUUCGAAAGCGGCCACAUGCAGUACGCGGCGGAGGCGCGCCAGGCGGGCAACGACGAGCCCACGCUGGCCGAGAUGACGGAGGCGGCCAUCCGCGUGCUGUCCAAAAACCCGCUCGGCUUCUUCUUGUUCGUCGAGAGCGGGCGCAUCGACCACGCCCACCACGAUAACAUGCCGCACCUGGCACUGGACGAGACGCUGGCGCUGGCCGACGCGGUGCAGCGCGCCGACGAGCUGUUGCCGGCCGCGAACACACUGCUCGUGCUCACGGCGGAUCACGCCCACGUCAUGGCGUACAACGGUUACUCGCGCCGCGGCAACGACAUCCUCGGCAUCUCUGACGAUAUUGGUGACGAUGGCGUGCCCUACAUGACGCUAUCCUACACCAACGGGCCCGGCUAUCGCGACCACGUCGAUGGAAGGCGUGCUGAUGUUACUAGUGACAAUACCUUCCUGGCAGUCGCUUGGCGAACACAUGCAGAGGUACCGCUCGAGUCGGAGACGCACGGCGGUGACGACGUGGCGGUGUUCGCUCGCGGGCCGGCGCAGGCGCUGUUCACGGGGCUGUACGAGCAGAGCCAGCUGCCGCACCUCAUGGCGCACGCGGCGUGCCUGGGCCCCGCCGCGCAGCACCGCCAGCUCUGCAGCAGCGCCUCACUCACCACCCCUGCUGCGGCGCUCCUGCUCACGCUCAUCGUAGCGCUCUUCCGCCUGCACUAAACGAUACGCGGCGUCGCAUUAGUCCACACAACGUUGAACUCCUCUGGAUGCGUGAUCUUACUAUCAGCCAUUUACAACGUACGAUGCCAAAAAGCUGCGUUUAGUGUUUAACUCAUAGACUGGACUACAUUUGUUGAUUGUUUAUGUAAAGACGUUAUGUAAGUUUUUAAUUACUAACAGUGUGUUUGACAACAGU